UGUUCAGUAGCUUGUGUUUCUGUCUGAUGGUUGUAUUCUCUCUGUUUCUAGGAGCAGAUGCAUAUUAUGAAUAUCGUGCAGCAGAAUGUGUCUACAGUUCCACAGAUCUCAGUGAUGCAGAAUUUAUUGAUUCCUAUUAUUUCAACAAAGUUCGAGACAUACAGUUCAACAGCACUGUGGGGAAGUAUGUGGGGUUUACUGAAUAUGGGGUUAAAUGCGCAGAGAAAUGGAAUAACGAUCCUCAGAUACUGCAGCCUGAAAGAACUGAGCUGGAACGUGUCUGUAAACCCAAUGCCCAACUAGACAUCGAUGCCAUUCUGUCUAAAGCAGUGCCACCAAAGGUCCAGGUGAGGUCAGAACAGAAGCCCAGGGACAGUCAACUCUCCAUGCUGAUGUGCAGCGCGUACGACUUCUACCCUCCAGCUAUCUCUGUCUCGUGGCUCAGAAAUGAUGAGCCAGUGACAUCAGAAGUGAUUUCCACUGAGGAGCUGGCUGAUGGAGACUGGUACUACCAGAUCCACUCCCACCUGGAAUACACACCCAAAUCUGGGGAGAAGAUCUCCUGUGUGGUGGAGCACGCCAGCUUCCAGACACCCAGGGUGUACGACUGGGACCCGUCUCUUCCUGAGUCUGAGAGGAACAAGGUUGCUAUUGGAGCUUCAGGGCUGGUGUUGGGGAUCGUCCUAUCAGCUGCUGGAUUCAUCUACUACAAGAAGAAAUCCACAGGGCGGAUCCUGGUGCCAAGUUAAGUGAUGGUCCUUGUGCUGAUUA